AUGUUGAAAUCUAUAUAUGACAACCAUGGUCAACCUAAAAGGAAAUACUCAAAAAGGGAGGACAAAAGUCAUUCAAGAAGUCCCAAUGGCAGUGGUCAUCAGAAGUAUUCAUUAGAUGAACUAGAUGAUUAUCUACAAGUUGAAAGAGACGCCCAAAGAAUAGGGACAAUACAGCAGAAUACACAAGAUGAGCCACAUGUCCCCGAAGUGGUAAAGAGUCAAGACCUGUCCAAUGGGGAACCAAAGACAUACCUUACUGGAGAUGGAUAUGAUGAUGAUGAUGAUAUUGAGAUGGUACUAGACAGCGUUGAAAAUAAUGAACAGCAAGAUUUUAUUAACAUAAUUCCCAUAAAUAAUCAGACUGAAGAGUUUAUAUCAAUAGAUGGUUCUCAGUCGCAAAUACCAACCUGUUUCGUGAUAGAUACAAAUUUUAUAAUAUCUCAUCUUGAGAUACUAGAAAAUUUGAGAUCGUUAUUUACCCAAUAUCAUCAUACAAUUAUUAUACCAAGAUAUACAAUUCGAGAGCUAGAUGGAUUGAAAGGAUCAGAUAGAGUAAUUGAGAACAAUGAGUGCGGUAGUUCUACCAAUAGACAUAAAAGUGUUGGGGAAGCUGCAAGAGCUGCAAAUACAUGGAUAUACAGUCAUUUAGCAAAUACAUCUAGUGGUGUCAUUGGCCAAAAAUUAUCCCAACGAAUAAAUAUUAAUUCAAUAAAAGAUGAUUCCAUUUUAGAUUGUUGUCUUUAUUUUAAGGAAAGAAAGAAUUGUUUUGUAAUAUUGUUGUCCAAUGAUAAGAAUCUUUGCCUGAAGGCUUUAACCGAAGAAGUUCUUACAGUAUCAUACAGAACGGGAAUGACUGGUGAACUUAUAGCGAGGAUUGCCUACGACGAGAGAAACUACAGGUUUGGUUCAACAACCGAAGAGUUGAGUCACCCAUCGACGAGCGUUUCUGGUCAAGAUGUGUCUGUUGGUCGCCAUAUGGACUCAGCGAGACCUCCAUUCUCAGAAAUUUCAGCUCGUAUAUUUGAAGAUGUCACUGUCAUGGUGAUAGAAUCGACUAAGCGUAUAAUGUUGGAUGAAUAUGGUGAUACUGUAGAGUUUUUGGAUUUCAAUUCAAAUAGCUUACAUAGUUUAGUGGAUGUCUCCAAAUGUAUAUACACAUACUGGGUGUCAGUAUUUUCUGAAUAUUUCCGAGGAAGCAAUCUUAUAAAAGAGAGUUGGAAGGACCUUCCUGUAGCAUUAACCAGUUUGCCCACUCAAAAUGAAACUCUUCAUAUAUUUCAACAAUUUUGGUGUGAUAUUUUAGAACAUCUAUUUAUCAAAAGCAAUGUGGUAGAUCAGGAAAAAUUACUGACAAAAUUAGAGGGAUGGGAACGACUUAUUGCAAAUAUCAUUUAA